AUUUUAAUCCAUUAACUUUUAUAGUUGUUGCCUUAUAGCAUUUAUUAAGAAAUUUUGCCCUUUCUGGCUUUAAUGUCAUCUCAAAGACUUAUAGACAAACCUUCGCUGUUUCCAACGCAGCACUGACUGUAUGGAUCCCCAGGUCUUGUCCAGACGCUAUCUUGGACUGCCCGUCACUCCCCGCCAUGGGUGGCUAGAUGAACUUUAUUCUCCUCCUGACAUUACUUCAAGAAUAUUUUUUGCUGCUGUCUGCCGAAACAAAAACGACCCGAUCCCCGAGGACAAGGGGGACUCUCGGGUUUGAAAGGAAUCACCACAAAAACGUGUCCGAGCUACUCGACAACCUACUACGAGGAUAUGACAACAGCGUGCGACCAGGGUUUGGCGGACCGGCUGCUAUUGUAGAAGUUGACAUUAUGGUCAGAAGUAUGGGACCGAUAUCUGAAGUUGAUAUGACUUACUCGAUGGACUGCUACUUCAGGCAGACCUGGGUCGACACUAGGCUGGCCUAUUCAGGGCACAAGGACACUCUCGCUUUGAGCAUUACCAUGCUGAAGAGAAUAUGGAAGCCAGACACAUAUUUUUACAACGGGAAACAAAGCUACCUCCACACUAUAACAUCACCAAACAAAUUUGUGAGGCUCUUUCAAGACGGAAGGGUGCUCUAUUCAUCCAGAUUGACAAUAAAAGCUGGCUGCCCAAUGAACCUAGAAAACUUUCCGAUGGACACCCAGAGAUGCCCACUGAAAUUCGGAAGCUUCGGCUAUACGAUCAAAGAUGUGGUCUACAAAUGGAAAAUGGGCACUGAAGUCGACAUCGCAAAAGACAUGAAGCUGUCACAAUUCGAUCUAAUUGGGAAUCCUUCUGCAAAUCAGACGGACCAAUUAAAAUCAGGACGUUAUUCCAUGCUGCUUGUGAGUUUCCACCUUCGGAGGCAUAUGGGAAACUUUCUGAUACAAGUGUACGGCCCCUGCGUCCUCCUCGUCGUACUCUCUUGGGUCUCCUUUUGGCUCAACAGAGAAGCAACCGCGGACAGGGUCUCAUUGGGUAUCACGACCGUCCUUACGAUGACAUUCUUAGGCUUGGAGGCGAGGACGGAUCUGCCCAAAGUUCCUUACCCUACUGCUCUCGAUUUCUUCGUCUUUUUGUCUUUCGGCUUUAUUUUCGCGACGAUUAUUCAGUUCGCUGUUGUUCACUAUUUCACCAAAUACGGCUCUGGGGAAUGCUACUUCAGUUCAGACUUCAGCUCGGACGAGUCGAGCUCAGACGAUGAAAUUUGGGUCACUUCGGAAUCAAGAAGAAAUCAAGGUACAAGUUCCAGGAAAUCAAGUAAUUCUAGCUAUUCAAGGCGAAAAUCAAAUAAUUGUCCUGCCACUUCAGGUGACACUCCUUAUCUUGAGGUAAUACCUUUAAACGCUUGUACGAUAUCUUCAAUAAGUGGCAGACGUGAUUCAUGGUCUUCUGGAAUUCCAUCUUGUUGCCCGCGAGUCGAAACACCGGUUGAGCACCAUCCGCCUCCCCCGCCUUCAAAACCGAUCAGGUCAAAAAAGAGAAAAAGAAGAGCGCCUAGGUUCAACAGCGUUUCAAAAAUAGACCGAGCAUCGAGAAUAGUUUUUCCUAUAUUUUUCCUUGCAAUAAACCUUUUCUAUUGGUACACGUACCUAAGCAGAAGCGAGAGGCUGAGAUCAUCUCCAACUUGAAAGUUUUACUGGGACCUUAUGGAAAACCUUACAAGGAUAAGUGUACAAUUUAAAUUAAAGCAAAGUCCUUAUCCAACAAAUGUCCAAUGCAUGGCAUUUUUAUAUUAAAAUUGUUUUAUUUAAAUUUUACAUACAGAACUGCUGAUCAAUUAUCAUUUCAAUACAUUUCAUUUUUGUAUGCAUUUAGGAAAUUUUAUUUUAAAAAUUUUAUUUUGAUAAGUAGAAUUUUUUUACUGUGAAUUGUGUUCUAUUUAUGAUGUUUUAAUUGCAAUAAAUGUGCAAUUUAGGGGUAAGGAAAAUUACAAAAAAAUCACUUAGGUUUAAAAAAAAGUGUUGUCACUACAAUUUAUAGUCAAUGCACUAUUGAUGGAUUAUUUCCACUGCCAACUGAACUAGAAAGUCAAAUAGGGUUUCUUUUUUUUCUGCGUUGGUACGCUUAAUAGGAUGUCGGUAUUAUUACUACAGAGGUAGACGAUAAACUUCAUUUCCUUGUAAAUUACCAUAAUUAAUAUUUUUUAUAAAGUAAACAAUGUGUAAAUAGUAAAUAAAUUUUUGUAAAGAUAAGUUGUAUUUAG